AUGGAUGCGGAAACCCCCGCGGCUGCGAAUAAGGAUUCGAGCGCUAAGGGCCGCGCAGAGAAGGGGAAGGGGGGUGGCUCGCGCAAAAAGCGAGAUCCGCCAGGGACGAUCGGCGGAGAAGGGGAUGGCGGAGGAGCAAGCGGCGGAGCUGCGCAGAUCUCAGGGGAAGUCGAGGAAUUACCGCGGACAGUGGUGCGGAGAAUCGUUAAAGCCAAAAAGGAAGUGCAGGUGGCGAAGGAUGCGCUGAUCGCACUGUCGGAGAGCGCUAGGGUUUUCAUCCACUACCUGACUGCUACGGCCAACGAUGUGUGCCGCAGCAACAAGCGGCAGACGGUGAGCGCUGCCGAUGUGCUGGCCAGCAUUGAAGACAUUCAGUUCCCGGAGUUCCUACCUGCUCUGCAAUCCACGCUGCAAGCUUUGAGGAAUGAGAAGAGUGUGAAACGAAAAGGGAAGAUGGAGAAGCGUGAAGCAGCAGCUGCUGCUGCUGCUGUGGCUGGGGGGGGCGCAGAAGAAACAGCAGCAGGAAAACCAGCAGCGGCCAAGAAAAGAAAAGCUAAAGAAGAAGCAGUGAGGAGUAUGGAAGGUGAAGAAAAGGGGAUUGUAACUCCUGAAGAAUCAGGUUGA